GCUAGUUCGAGGGACGUAACUACGGAAGCUGGAGGAGACGACAAAAUUUAUCUUUCAGGAUGGCGCCUGCAUGUUAUCAUCGUCGCGUAUGUAUGCCCCUUAGCUAAAUAACCAAGGCUGAUUGAUCUCUUUAGCUUGUGCUUAGCCAUGUUUCUGCCAAACUUCGAGAUCUCCAUCGUCAGCACAAGUCUCUUGACAAUAACUUCGGAUCUAAAAGCUGUUAAAAUAAGCAGCUGGGUCGUUGAUGCAUAUUUGAUCACAUAUACUGGUAAGUAACUGACAUGGUUCGAGGGUUUUGUGCUGAGUAGCCAAGGGCUCUUGAUCGCAUGGGCAAAAAUGAGCGAUAUAUUCGGACGUAAACUAUCUUUGUUAACGGCACUGGCUACGUUUAUGGCUUUCUCGGGGGGUUGUGGAGCAGCUCAAACGAUGAAACAGCUGUAGGUCCUCUAUCUCAGGCCCCCAACUUCAAUGGCUGCGUCGUUGACAAUAAAUUAGAAUAAUAUUCCGUGCUUUUCAAGGAAUUGGCGCCUCUGGGGUUUAUGCUCUAGGCAUGAUCGUAUUCCUUGAGCUGGUUCCAAAAACCAGAUACACUCUGAUUUCCACCUUGAUAAGUGGAACAUUUGGUCUGGCACUGGCACUUGGACCCAUUUGCGGAGGAGCCAUCAAUGAGCCUAUAACUUGGAGAUGGGUUUUCCUUCUGAAGUAA